AUGCCGCCACAGACUUAUAUAUACAUAUGUAAUCUGCCAUUUGCCUUUCUGUAUACCACCCUCUCGGUCGACUGUGGAAUUCUUUUUCGUGUGGGUGAAGGUUGUGGAGCCAUGUUACAGAUGUUUGGUGGAGCGGGGAGGUUUUUAUUGGAGAAGAUGGGGAAUAUAAUAAAGAAGCCGGAGGCCAAGAUCGUCGGCGUCGAUAUCAAAGAUUUGAGCCGCGACGGGGUGACGUACAACGCCAGGGUCUCUGUGAGCAACCCCUAUAUCGUUCCCAUACCCAUUGGCGAGAUCUCUUACACCCUCAAGAGCGCCGACAGGAUGAUAGUAUCAGGGAAGAUUGGGAGGCCAGGGUCGCUGCCGGGGUAUGAGGAGAUAGUGUUGGAGGUGCCAGUGAGGGUGGCACACACCGUACUCCUGAGCUUGAUGGAGGACAUUGGUGCUGAUUGGGACAUCGACUACCAGUUGGAUUUGGGUCUGACUAUUCAUCUUCCUCUCGUUGGUGACCUCACUAUUCCUGUUUCCUGGAAAGGGGAGAUCAAGCUCCCUACUCUCUCUUCCAUCCUCUGA